AUGAGUCAGAGACGAUUUGAAUUCCUGAUUUCUUGUCUACGAUUUGACAAUAAAAGGAACAGAAUUGAAAGGACUAAACUGGACAAAUUCGCACAUAUCCGAGCUGUUUUUGACAAAUUUAUCGAUAAUUGCAAAGCCGCUUAUUCACCAUCAGAGUACCUUACAAUAGAUGAGAAGCUUGAAUCAUUUCGCGGUCGCUGCAGUUUUAGGCAAUACAUGCCAAAUAAGCGUGCAAAGUAUGGCAUAAAAAUUCAUGCUUUGGUUGAUGCACGUAGUUAUUAUGUAGUUAAUAUGGAGCCAUAUGUGGGUCAGCAACCUGAAGAUCCAUUUAGAGUCAGCAAUAGUCCAAAGGACAUUGUGGACCGCUUAGUAAUUCCAGUAUCAGGAACCAAGCGCAACAUUACAUUUGAUAACUGGUAUACAAGCUACGAACUAAUGGUACAUUUACGCGACGUUCAUAAAUUAACUGCGGUAGGAACUAUCCGGAAAAAUAAACCACAUAUUCCUCCAGAGUUUUUAAACACAAGAAAUAGAGAAUUCAAUUCAAGUUUGUUUGGGUUUCAAAAAGAUUACACCCUCGUUUCAUACUAUCCAAAAAAGGGAAAAGUUGCAUUAUUGUUAUCAUCUCUCCACCACGAUAACACAGUAGAUAUCAAUUCGGAACGAAUAUAUCACGAAGUGUGGAGUCAAAAUGGAACAAAUAUAACGAAGUGUGGAGUCGAUGUAGUCGACGAAAUGUCUGCAACCUACAAUGUCGCACGUCAGAGCCGACGAUGGCCUCUUACAGUUUUUUUCUCACUUUUGAACAAUGCAGGAAUCAACAGCCAAAUUAUUUACAGGGAAAAUAACGAUGGUCUUCAGAUGACAAGGAGGCUUUCUUUGAAAGAAUUAGAUUUUAGGGAGGGCCCGGCCCGGCCCCCUCUGUAUCCGCCACUGGAAAGGAACAUCGGGGAAGAUCAGGCGAAUAACUAA